AUGAGCAGCUAUGAUGCAUUCCCAUUUAAGAGCAAUUAUCGAGUGUGUAAUCUCCUUGGAUCAGGAGCAUACGGGCGUGUCUAUAAAGGGACAUCUUUGAAUGGGACAGUAGUUGCGUUGAAAGAGAUUUUGAUACCAGCUGAUGAUGAAGGCAUACCAUUAAGUACUCUGCGUGAGGUUAGCGUCCUAAAAAAAGUUCAGUCGUACAGUUGCCCUUACCUUGUACAAAUGCUUGAUAUUUCGCUGAAAAAGCAGGAAACUGGGAUAUCGAUCUACAUUGUUUUCGAAUAUAUUGACUGUGAUUUGGCUCGCUUCCUUUCUCAAUUCGUGCCUCCUACUGGCCUUCCUCCGGAGACAAUCAGGAGUUUUUCAUAUCAGUUGCUUUGUGGUACCGAUUUUCUCCAUUCACAUCGGAUAAUUCAUCGUGAUUUAAAGCCAGCUAACAUUCUUAUCAACAAAGAAACUCUUCGUUUGAAGAUUACUGAUUUUGGUUUAUCACGGGUUCUUGGUUGGGAGUCUUCAUUGACACCGAUUGUUGUUACACUAUGGUAUCGAUCACCAGAGAUUUUAAUUCAGUCUGAAUAUUUAUCACCGUGUGAUAUAUGGGCUGCGGGAUGUAUCAUAGCUGAACUAUUCAAUCUUGAGGCUCUUUUCCGUGGGGAUACAGAGCUGGAGGUGUUGAAGCUUAUAUUCAGAGUUGUUGGCUUUCCUGCUCAAUCUGAAUGGCCUGCAUUAUCGUUUUUGAAGCGGUCUAAUUUUGACAAUAACUCAUCAACGUCGAAACUGCGUUCAUACGUUAAAACCGAAGACAAGUCUGCACUAGAUUUGCUAGAAAUGAUGAUUCGGUUCAAUCCAAAAAAGCGAAUUACAGCGUUCGAUGCACUUUCAUUACCAUAUUUUCAUCUUGUUAAUAGUACUACCUCUAAUACCGUUAGUGUUUCUAUACAAAACAAUAUCCAACACAUUGAAACUUCCCUACAUAAACCAUUAUUAAGGAAUAAUACAAGUUUGUCUCGACCAAAUGGACGAAUGGCACGUUAUUCAAUGAAUACUGUCCAUCCUACACAGUCAUGUGCAGCUGCACUAUCAUCUUAUUUACAAAAUAAUAAUAAUAUGCCAUCUUCAGUUCAUUUACGCUCUUGCCUUGUUGGUGCUGGUAUUGAUGAGAUUGAUGGUCGUAUUCAAGUCAGUAAUGCUCAACCUAAAGUUGAUACAAUUCUUUCAGCUUCCUCUUACAGCCAUCUAGUCAAUUGUACACCUAUAACAAAUUCAGUGUCUUCAUCUUCAUGUACUAGUGAUUCUGUUGAUCAACAUCAGCAGAAUUUAAUUAUAUCAGUUGUCAAUAAUGCUAUCAAUGAGACUUCAAUACCAUCAUGUCUAUCAUUGGAUAACACUGUCAGUAGUUCUACUUUACUAACCAGACGACCACUUACAAGACAACAAACCAGAUCUGUUCGACGACAUACUCAACCUGCUACAUCGUAUUUUAUAGAAUCCAAUCAAGUGGUUAGCAGUAAUAUAAAGAUUGUCAAUCAAAAGACACAGAAAAACUCCAUGGAUAAUAAGCCUCCGAUAAAAACAGACACUAUAAACUCUGUAAACACAACAAAUCGUGUUGUAAGACAAAGGAAAACUGCUCGUCGUCGAACAGUUAUGGGAGUUGUGCAGACUUCUAAUUCUUCGAAUAAAGAAGUGAAACAGACGAACUUGACAGGUAACAAAAGCACCCGAAAGUCAAAAGAACAUAUGCCGUCGCAAUCAGUAACAGUGAAGGGAGAAGAGACUGCUGUCAGUCUUGUUGGAACUUUACCUUACGUCGCUCUUAAUCGUGAAGAGAUUUAUUGUAGUAAACCAGCGGCUAAUGAAAUCAAGAACGUUGCUACAAAACCGGUUCAACAUCGUGGUCGAAUCUCAGAACGUUGUCCAAAUCUAGUGUCACAAUAUACUGAUCAUCGUUAUCAAUCUCAUAUACGACCAAGCUCUCGUUAUUCACUUGGACCGAUUGCAUUAUCAAACCCUUCUUUGCAUUCAAUUCAUGAACAUGAAAAAUGUUUUACAAAUAACACAAAAUUAUCUACUGAUCAACAGAUUUCAUCAAUUCCCUGUAUUAAUCCACAUAUUUCUGGAUUGAAUGAAGUUGAAAAAUAUUCAUCAUCAUCUUCUUCACCAUCAAUAAUCGUAGGAUUAACAGAAAAUCAAUCAUCAACAACAUUAUGUUCACCUUCAAAGUUAGCGCGUGUUAUCAAUCAACAUCCUCCAUUAUUGGAAUCAUUGAAUAAUGUAAAUUGUUUAAAAGAAUUAUCUCAACAUUUUACUAAUAAACAAGAUAUUACUACUUAUGAAGAUGAUACAACAACUGAUGAAAUCGACUCAGAUGAUAUUGAAAAUCAACCAGCUAACACAAGUCUAGGAAUUAAUACAGCAAUGACUGAUCUAGCAUUAGUCAGUAGUCACAGUAAUAGUAAUAGCAAUUCUAGUCAAUACAAAAAUAGUUGUAUCAAAGCUAAGGAUAAUAUGAAUAGGGUGGAGAAUAGUGGGAAUAGUUUUCCAAUGACAACAACAACAACAAUAGACAAUUCAGCUACAGCUUCACUUAUCACAGAGGUUCCUGCACUGUCAACCAAUGUGACUGUACAACUAACAGCUUGCUCAAUAGAUAAUAUUUUUGUUUAA